GGCUAUGAAGGCUCCUUGAUAAAACUCACCUCUAAACAGCCAGUGGGGUUUGUCAGCUUUGACAGUCGAUCAGAGGCGGAGGCUGCUAAGAAUGCCUUGAACGGCGUCCGGUUCGACCCAGAGAUCCCUCAGACGCUGCGGCUGGAGUUCGCCAAAGCCAACACCAAAAUGGCCAAGAACAAGCUGGUGGGGACCCCCAACCCCCCUCCGUCACAGCAGAGCCCCGGGCCCCAGUUCAUCAGCAGAGACCCCUAUGAGCUCACAGUGCCUGCUCUAUAUCCCAGCAGCCCAGACGUGUGGGCCUCAUACCCGCUGUACCCGGCGGAGCUGUCGCCGGCCCUCCCACCCGCUUUCACCUACCCCUCCUCGCUCCACGCUCAGAUUCGCUGGCUCCCACCUGCAGAUGGAACUCCUCAGGGAUGGAAGUCCAGGCAGUUCUGCUGAAGUAUGUGUGAGUAACAACAUCCACACUCAGAACCCCAUGAGCCGCCAGCACAGAACAUGUACAUUA